UCACCUGGAAGUUGUGUCGAUCCCACCAGUCACCACAUCGCUCCUCGGUCUGAGGAAAAGAGUUCGCCCGGAAGACUGCCCUGCUCUCGGCCUUCUAGCCCCCAAUUGGCCACCAUCAGUUGCUAAUUGCUCCAGGUAUAAAAUGCUUUCCCAUCUUUUUUAUUUCACAUUCUUGAGUACACUUUGACUUCUAGAUUUAUUCUUCUUUAACCCAGCAGCCACGCCCAUUGUUACGCCCUGCUGUACACCUAAUCCGCAGCAAUCAAAUCCCCGAGUCUGCCCAUCAUAAAGGCAAACCAGCCCACAGCAGCAACAAUGUCACAAUACAGCUACACCCAGCACAAAGCCAUCGUUCACUCCCGCGACUCUUCAGUCGCCUCGGGGACAUCCUCCUCAAGCCGGACUUCAGCAGAAGCAUAUUAUUCAUCAUCGUCGAGCAGAACAAGCAUGGCAAAUGGUUUCAAUCCCGCGGACGGUCUCCAGUACCGUCGUGUCCCCGACAAUGGUUUGUGCACCCUCACACAGACUCGUCUGACAAAAGCUAAAUAUUCCACCUCAGAAGACAAAUACAUAACCUCCAAGACUUCCACCACCUCGCGCGGCACAAUCGAAGUCCACAACCACCGCAAAGCCCGCCACACCAGCGAUGAGCCCAGAGCUUCAAAUGCCACAUAUGAAGACUACAAGGAGACCCAACGCAAGCAACAACGCAAGUGAAGUUCGAUUUUCAUGUGAUGAUAAUAGUGGAAGUGAGGCGGGCU